CGCGAUCUAUACAUCCAUGUGCCUAAAAUGCAUCGUAGUAUUUAUGGCUGAUGUCAGUUCGCUAUGAAUACCCUAACUCUAAAUCCUAAUUCUAAGUUUUAACUUCAAAUCGUAAUCCUCAUUCCUCACACUAAUAUAAAGUCUUCUGAUAUCGACAAAUUGUCAGCCAAAAUCAUCAGUGUCAACUUGGAGUUUUCGAAAGUUACCAAAAACUCACGCGAAAACAGUUUCAUACAUUAUUGUACCGGUACAAUGGAUUUGAGACAUGCUUUUGAACAACCUCUAUGUUUUAUAUGCUGGUCAAGGAUAAACAUUUGGUGUAGAUGACAGAGACAUAAAGCAUCACCCAAAUAUCAUUAAUAACGCCAUGGACAUCAGAAUUACGUGGUGUCAUAAAAUGCGUAAUACGGUUAGAAUGACACAUCUAAUGGACAAAAAUAGGGAUUUUAAUCUGAUUACGCAGUUUAAGAAGUCUAAACUUACCUAUGAAUAGCUGAGCAAACAAAUAAACUCCCACAUAUUUGGCUUUUAACCAUGUUUUUUAUUAAGGCAAGUAUUUUUUCGUGGCUACGGAGGGUGAUGUAUACGAAGUCAACUUUUGAUUUCGAGCCUUAUGGUUUAUUCAAGUGCUUUGACCCCUUCAUAUCAGCAAACGUAAAUUCAACAUACACAUUUUAUCGGUUUAUGUGUUUACAUUUUUUAGGAAAUCGCCCACAUUUAAAUGUGUCCAAUAGGUUUGGGAUCUUAUUGGAUGAAACGAUUCAAACUCCAGACUGAUCUCAUAUACCACUUAUAAAUUAAAAACUACUAAAUCUACACUAUACCUAUGAUAUUGAUUUCUGUGUUCUGGCUGUUGACAGAGAUUAUAUUACUAUUUGUCAAAUGUGAAGUAUUCGAACUGGAUAACAGAUUCGUCGAGUUUAUUGACAAGGGUCCUUGGCUUGUCCAGUUUUAUGCUCCUUGGUGUGGAUUCUGUCGCCGAUUGGCUGGUACUUAUGAAGAAGCUAGCAGGAUAUUACUGCAUACAGAACCUUCCAUUAAAGUUGCUAGACUUGACGCUACGAUAUACACCGGGAUCGCCAAAAUGUUUAAUGUACGAGGUUUUCCAACAAUUAAGUAUAUUAAUGGUACAGUGUCAUAUACAUUUAUGGGUGAUCGAACUGUUCAAGGUCUUGUUACAUUUGCCCAAAGAGCUAAUGGACCAGCUGUAAAGCAUUUUGAAGAAUGUCAUGAAUUUGAAGAACGCUUAAGAAAAAUAUCUUCAGAUGAACCAUUUUUCUUUCUAAUUAAACCGGCUAAUUCUAUUUUAGAGGAAACAUUUCUACAAGUAGCUGAACAAUUACGUAUAUUCUCAUGGUUUUUCAGUGGUUCCUUAUCAGUUAUCACUUCUCCGUACAUUGAGACGCUGAAUUCAUCCAGCGAUAUAUCUACAGAGAUUUUAGUUUUUAAAGAUUCUCAAGUCUAUUCUUAUCCUGGUCUAUUUUCAAAUGAAAAUUUACAACUGACAAAUAAUAAGUCGGAAUUAUAUCAAGAUUUAAUAUUAUGGACGUUACGUGAACGACAACCGGGAUUUCCGAAAUUAUCUCAUUUUGAUUGGUGGGAGUUCGCAUCUAAUGAAUUGAUGAAAAUUCACAAUGACAAUAAUAUUAAUAAUAAUGAUGCUCACAAUACUACUGAUAAUGAUGAUAAUAGUAAUACUGAUUCAGUGGUUCAUCAAUCAGCAUCUUCAAAUACAAAUCCGGUACAAUCGUAUCGAAAUUAUCGUUUACUUGGACUAUUUGUUAUUGAUCAAUUAGCAGAAGGGAGUUUUCCAUCUAGAGUACUGGAUUUCGGACGAAACCUGGCGCUUAAACGUCUACCUCAUAUAAUACGAUCUUUUCAAUUAGCUUGGACUAAUGAUGUAGAAAGUUUAGAAGAUUUAGCUAUGCAAACAAUCACUAUACCAAAUUUCAUUGUUUUAAAUCCUGUAACACAUGAAUUAUUUGUAUAUUUAUCAAAUCAUCAUCAUCAUCAUUAUACAUUGCAUUCAUUGUUACUUGAUGAAAGCAAUUUGAUUAAUUUCUUAAUGCUUGUCAAUGAUGAAAAGAUUAAACCUAUUGGAGGUAAUACAAUUUCCAUACGAUUACAACGUUUAGGAUAUAAUUUACUGAUUGGUUUAUCGAAAUUCCUUACUACUAGACCAUUGUUAGCACUUUUAGUGCUUGGAGUGCCAGCAUUAAUGUUUAGUGGAAUUAUCUACUUAUGUUGUUGUUUGGAUGCAAGUUAUGUAAAUUAUGAUGACGGUGAAUAUGACCAAUUGUCUGACAAUAGUUUUUCUCUUAAAGAAUCAUUAAAUCAAAAGAUUGUUGGUGAUGGUUCAAUUGUCGACUCGAAUUCACACUAUUUGAACACUGAUACUACUACUACUGCUACUGCUACUACUGUUAUUAGUAGUAGUAUUAGUGGUAGUGAUACUGUCAAUACCACAAAAUCUGUUCAUUUUCGAGGUAUGCAUAGUUCUCCUUCACGUCGACGCUAUCACCAUAAUAUUUUGAAUAAUGGUAAUAAAAAUAUUCAAAAUAUUGGUCCUGUUUAUUCAGAGGAAGAAUUACAAAAGAAAAUUGAAGAUUCACGUGCAAAAUCGGCGAAAUUAAAGAAGCAAGCAUAAUUCCUUCUCUCUGUCUGUCUGUUUGUAGUUCGAAAUUCAUUUACUUAUCCAUGUGGAAUUAUCACAAUUGACCUACCUACCUACCUACCUACCUACCUGCAUAAUAGAAUUGUUUUUCUCUCCAGUCAUAUAUAUGUUUGGCACAUAUCAAUUUGUGUGUAUGACCACUAUCAAGCACUCAUUUUCAAGUACACUAUUUUCUUUUUCAUCAUUGUCAUGAUUUUUACGUAGCCUCUUCAACAUCAUCAUCAUCAACAUUUUGUUAGAUGUGGUUUUUUUUUAAACGAAAAAACAACACUGAUUUCUUGUAUCUUUCAAUUUUUAUUAUUUAAUGUGCUUUUCUAUAAAAAUUACAGCUGAAU